UUUAGGGGAUGGACGUAUGAAGAGAAGAGCGUCAGCGAUGUCCGAUCAACGACCACAUUACUCGCCCGUAUCGUUAUUGCAAAGGUAAAGAAUGAACAGCGUCUAAUCCAACUUCUACGCAAUGUUCCCGUCGUCAAUGGGGACAUGAACCGGAGAUGUCGUGCAUGGGUUGCGCAGGCUCUAGCAGAGAUCGCGAAAGACGGGAACUGCGUGGGUUCUUCUCAGCUGGAUUGGAGGACCGUUGAGGCGUUCGCAAGGCAAUAUGUUGCCCAGAAAACUACUGCAGGGAGGUAUGCGAAGGCAGAGGAUAUGUUGAAGCCUAAACCGACUUAUGAUUUGAUCGAAGGGAAGGAGACCGUGUCUUAAGGUGGAAAUAGUGGCGUCGAUUCAAAGCACACAUAUUUCACCACUCGCCCCACCAUUCGUUGCGAGUUCUUUCCAGUUCUAGUUCUUCAAGAUAGGCGUGAAGUAGGGAAUGGAGAAUGCCCUGCCAUUCAAGUCUAGUCCGGUUUCCAAACUAAGCAGUGGUGAAUUUCCAAUAGGAAGGAUACCACCCGGAGAACUCCCAAUCAAUAAUUGCAACC